GCAAGAUUUAACGCGUUUUUAAAUCAAUGUGCCAAUAGUUCUUGAACUGGAACAACUAUGUUUCUCGUCUGUUCGCAACUAUUGAUUUUUAACAAAAAGAAGAUGCCUGCGUUGAAGCAAGCAGAAUUCACUUCCGAUGAUGAUGAUAUCACGGAAACUGAAGAGCUGUUAUCCAAAACAAAUUCCGGUAGCACAUCGCUAGAGUUACCUACAGAAGAUGAGCAAUUCAACCAUCCCAACGUACCUUUUAGAUCACUCUCGUAUCCAGAAGAAUCCUUAAGUUGCGGAGGUUUUGUCAAUCGUGGAUUUGUUGAUGAUGAAGGAUUGGCGGAGGAAACACUUAGCCCCGGAUUUCCUUUGCAUCCUCCGGAUCUUAACUAUCUGAACAAGGAAGAAAAGGGCAUCUUCUUCAGUUCAGUUACAGAUCCAGAAAUGCCAAUCAAAGGGAUGCCGCCGGUGCAGUCACUUUCUGUACCUGAAGCUCAUUCUUGGAUGGAAACAGAUCGUACUGCUUUCAUUUCACAAAGGAUUCAAGAUUUAGUCCAAGCAUUUCAGGCCAGAACAGAGAAGGUCAAAGAAAGAUUAGUACAGCCUCCAACUCCUUCUCCAUCUCCUCCAUUAGAAAAUUCCAGUGACACUGGUCAAACUCCUGAACCCAAUUCUCGGCCUCGAUUGCAGUCCCUCAUUCACCAUGAGGAUGAAAAGUCGGAAUUUUAUGAAUUAAGCCAGUAUAUGAAGCUUUGUUGCUGCAGAAUCAAAAGAAAGUUCAUCCCAACUUUUCCCAACGUUAUUGAUCCUCAAAGCAAAAUAUAUAUCUCGUGGCUAUUCUUCGUUAUGGUGAGUUAUGUUUAUAACGCUUGGUCCAUCGUUCUACGCGCUGUAUUUCCCUAUCAAACUGCUGAGAACAUUCCUAUUUUUCUCCUAUUCGACUAUGCUGCUGAUAUUAUAUAUGUGCUGGACGUAGCGGUAUUCAAAGCGAGACUUCAGUUUCUGCACGAUGGCUUUUGGGUGGAUGACUACAAAAAGACUAGAGCAAAUUAUAUUCAGAAGACGAUGUUUAAGAUGGAUGUUUUAUCUUUAUUUCCUUUGGAUCUUCUAUAUUUUAUCCAUGGAAUUAAUCCUCUGUUUCGACUUCCAAGACUAUUAAAGGUUCAAACUUUUUGGGAGUUUUUUCAUCGAGUUGAUGCCGUUGCAAAGACACCUUAUGUCAUUAGGAUAAUUCGCACCUUAUUGUAUAUGAUGUACCUGAUUCACUUGAAUGCUUGUGCCUACUACGCUAUGUCCACUUGGGAAGGUAUAGGAUCAAAUGGUUGGGUCUUCCAAGGAAAUGGCAAUGCAUAUAUUCGUUGCUUUUACUUUGCCACAAAGACAGCAACUUCUAUAGGCAAGAAUCCAAAGCCAGAAAAUGAAUACGAAUAUGUUUUCAUGACGAUAUCUUGGUUAAUGGGAGUUUUUAUCUUCGCCUUUCUCAUUGGACAGAUUCGUGAUAUUGUAGCUACAGCGACUCAAAGUCGAACUCAGUACCGUCAAUUGAUGGAUCAAACUGUGAUGUAUAUGAGGAAUCUUAAUUUGCCAGAUGAUUUACAACGUAGAGUUAGAUUGUGGCUCAACCAUACGUGGGAACAGCAAAAGACGCUAAAUGAAAGUGGAAUUUUAGAUUCGUUACCCAGGAAAAUGAAAACCGACGUUGCCAUUAAUGUCCAUUAUAAUACAUUAGUCAAAGUGCAGCUAUUUAAGGACUGUGAUAAAGCUCUACUCAGAGAUUUAGUGCUUCAACUGAAACCUGUGUUAUUUUUACCUGGAGAUUAUAUUUGUAGAAAGGGAGAAGUCGGCAAAGAAAUGUAUAUUGUCAACAAAGGGAUAGUCCAAGUCUUUGGGGGAGAAAAUGGAGAUGUUGUCUUAGCAACAUUAUCUGAAGGCAGUGUUUUCGGAGAAAUCAGUUUGCUAGGAAUACCUGGUUGCAACCGUCGAACUGCCGAUGUCAGAAGUAAAGGCUUCUCCAACCUAUUUGUAUUGAGCAAGGAUGACUUGUGGGAAGCUUUGAAAAACUAUCCAGAAGCUCAGAAAGUGCUCAGGAAAAAAGCGAAGUGCCUAAUAAAAGAGAAUGCAGCAAGAGAUCAAGCCAAUAAGGGCUUCCAGAGUGAAUCUGAACCAGAUAAUGUGAUAAAACAUGAAGAAAAGCAACCGAGUACACCUAAGCUCAUAAGAGCUGUGAUGCAGGUGGUUCCCAAAGAUUCCAAAUGUGUGCAGCUAUUGUCUAAGGAAGCUCUAAAGGAUACAGUUUUAAAUAUUCCUACUGAAUCACAAACCAUUUCAAUGGAAGUAAAAAUUAACAACACGGAAUCGCUACAAAAUUCUCCUGAAAACAUUUCUUGUUAUUCUGAAAAAUGUAAAAUACUGAGUCCCAAGAUUUGCACUUCACCUCAGUUGGACAAAAAAGCAAUACCGAAAGUGAAACCCCGAUCACUGAGUGAUGGUACACUACGGAAACCAGAUAUAAUUCAUGAACAUGAACCUAUAUUUGUAAUCAACAAAUUAAGCACAAAGCAUUCAAAAGAAAAUCCUCUAAAUAAGAAAAACGUAUAUAAUGAAAAAGACCAUUUCAGAAAUCAUCAGCCUGAAAUAAAUGAAGGCAGCAGUUCAGAUUUUUUAAAGACAAUCCUCAAUAUGCUUCCCACCGAACUGUGCAACAGAAGACAAAGUACAGUCCACCCAGCAGUGAUACAGCUCCAAGAAUAUAAUCAACCUAAUCCUAACACGAAUAGUGAAGAUUCCGGUAUUUCAGUGGACAACAGCGGCCACCAGUCCUCCGAUCCUAAGAAUCAAGAUGAAGAUUCAUUAUCUGAGUCUCAAGUAGACUCUUGCGAUUCAGAAGAUUCAAGUGAAAUGUCCACCACCAGCACAAGAAAGAUAGCUAUAGAAAACAGCACAAGUCCCCCGUGGAAAUCAAAUUCUUCAUCAAUCCUCAGCUUGCGAGGGCUUUUCGGAAAUGGGAGCAGCCAAUCUUCUAAUUCAACCAACAAAGACAUUCACUUAUCUCCUGUAUCAAAAGAUGGAAAAGAUUUCCUUUAUACAAGGCCCGGAAGUUUGACUAGUGGAAGCAGUUCUGCUGGUUAUGACAAUCUAGCAUAUGUUCCAGUAGGUAUUUUAUCCCGGAGGUCCAGUAUUUUCAGUGACGCAUCUUGUUAGUCAAUACUGAAAGCAAUCAGACAUAACAGGUGUAAAUAAAGUGAAAAAUAUUUUGAUUCCCAGAAUUUUUCUGGGCUGUGAAUCAUAUUAGAAGUUAAAGUUCCUCCCAAGUAAAUUUUAAAUGAGAAUUAACAUCAUCUCAUUAUUUUAAAUUAUAAAGUUGUUUGCUGUAUCUUUUUCAACUAGGAGCAGAAAGUGCCUCAGCUUAUCUCUGUUUACAUCGCGAGAGAAAAUCUUUAGCCUUCUAUCAACAAAGCCCCUAAAUGUUACUCACCAUCGAUAAUAUUUUCAGAAUUGUAAUAGACUUGAAGCUCUUUUUACAGGUCUAUCGUAAUUCUAAAAAAAAGAAUUCUAAUCCUCAUCAGCAAAACAGCCUUAACUACUGAUUAAGAUUACAAAAGACUUUCUAAAUUUAGAACAUAACAAAUAUGGAAACUUAUAUAGCAUUAAAUAAAACUAUAAUAUAUAUAAGAUUCCAAUCAGGCCCGGUUCCAGGAUUUUUGACAACCUAGAACAGUGAUAUCGGACAAGUGGCUCGUAAAAAUUUUACAUGGCCCGCUAAUGCAUUUCGCCCUAAAUUAAUUACCAUUAUUACAACAAGAGAACAAAAAGUUUCAUAUUUUAAUGAUUUGGAGUCCAGUUUUAUAUUAUUUUUAUUUCCAAAAACGGACGGGAGUCAUGCCCUAAAAACAUCUACCAAUGGAAUUAAUUUAAACUGCGGUAUAAAUCUUAAGACAAAUGGAAACAAGAUAUAACUUUGAUUAAAUUUUAUUACUAACAUUUAUUAAUAUUUUUAUAUAUUAAUUUUAUUUUUUAUUAUUCGAUUAAAUUAUUAUUAUACUUAUCAAAAGAUAAAUAUCUUCAGUUGCGAAUUUUUGAAUAAGAAUAGUCACUUUGUUUGGGAGUGCUUGUUAACUGAUUUUUUUCCAUAUUUGAAAAUUAAUAAGUCUAAGAAAAGAACCAGAUGCCGAUGAAUAUUCUACAAGUCGUGAUGGAAACAGUGUCUUGAAACGUUUCUUUGAGGUUACAUACUUUGUGAAAAUCGAAAUGCCACAAAGAUUUGUAGCUGAAAGCUGUAGUAAGAAAUACUGAAGUUUAUAAUCAUUUACAUAUAAAUAUGUAUUUUUUCCUAUGAGUCCUAGAAAAAUGUAGUAAAUAAAAAAUAGGCUGUCGUUAUUUAUUCUCAAGCUUUGUCUCUCUUGGGAAGUUUUGCAAGUUGUUUAUUUUCAGAUUAAGUCAAAAGUUUCAGAUUAAAUUAUUUAGCGAUUACUUCAGUAUAUUAGGAUAUACCUUAAAUUUUUUGGUAUUUUUUUCGUCAUAUUUUACGAUUAUAAAUGAAAGCUGAGUUUAAAAAACAAUAAUUACAUACUUUUCAAAAGUAUGUCUUUCUGAAAAAAAUCCUGGACCAGAAGUAUCCGAAAGAUUGGCUAAAAUUAGAUUUUAAACCUUUUUCGAUUUGCAAAUAAAAUCUUUACCAUAAAAUUAACACUAGUACUUUUUCUUUUCUUGUUUUUAAUUACUACAUGUUCGUAAUAAUUCGUGACCACCAUGAGCACAAAUACGUGUGAUAUAUUUGGAUAUCGGUUUAUUUGCGAGAGGAAAGAGAUGAGUGUGAUCCUUACUAGAGAGACGGAGCCAAGAAAACUCUGUUAAUUCAUGAUAGGAAAAGGUGACGCAGUACAUUAACUAUAACGAUUUUUAUAGAGUUUUUUAAAUAAUGUUUGUGUGCCACAAUACAGUGUAAAAUUUAGUAUUUAUUUUAUUUUUCCAGUCAUUUUAAGGUUUUUCGAUUUCGUUCAGCUCUAAGAUAUGGCAUGUAAUAAAAGUAUUUAAUUUAUAUUAAAUAUUUUUGCAAAAAAAAUAUUUUUGCAAAAAUAUUUUCUCAAAGACAUUUUUUCAAACUUGUUUUGACCCAAUACGCUUUUUGAUUCAUUGUAUAUGCGUUCACAAAAUGCCGGGAGGUUUUUGUAAUUUCCAUAAUCACCUAAUAGUUAAUCAAGCUUAAAUUGAUUUCAGAAUGGUCAGUAAAGCACAGAGAGUUGAAACUAAAAAUAGGUAAGCAGUCCUUUCAGGAUCCAUCAUUUGGCAGUUUUUGCCGCUUCUCGAAUGAUAAUGAAUACUUAAACAAUGAAUCAUUGUAGUGCCACCUUGCGACCGCGACGUUUUACAGGCUUCUGAAAAUUAUAAGGAGUUUUUGAAAACCCGAAUGCUAAAUAUAUAUUGCUAUGAAUAAGUGAUUGUUAUAAUGAUAUUUCCGAUAUUUCAUUUAAUUACAUUUCCAGACAAAAAAUCUUAUAAUGAAAUACAUUUCAAGCAAUAUUAAUACGUUUCAGUAUUCACUAUGACACCAUUUGGCUUUCAACAAACCUGGAUUCUAUCAGGCAUUCCUUCAAUAAAGAUUUAUGCGGUAUAGAUCUUCGUCAUAAUUCUCUAGUAUCUGGGCUCUUUAAGUUAAUUUUAAUUUAUCCAUGUUCGUUAUUUCUUUUUGGCGUACUUCCGGGGAUCAUGUCAGCUAUUUUUAGACGAAGCUAGUACAUGAAAUUUUUAGAAAUAAAAUAAUUUUUUAGGAUCCUGGACAAGAAGCAUUGUCUUAAUAAAACAUUGUACAUCCAUGAGGAAACCAUAUCACUAAGCUUUACCUCAAGAUCUCCGUGUAUUUUGGUGAAAUUACUCUCCCUUUUUAGUUAUUUCGAUAGGUCCAAUAUCAUCAACAGAAAUGAAGCUCCGAAUCAUUAAAGAUGGCGGUACUUAGUUAAAAUACAACUUUUUUUGGCUUCUCCACAUUGAACCCUGUCAUUAAAUAUUUGAAUUGUCAUUAAAUAUUGUUUUACGCCCACAUCUGCAUGACUGUUUCGAUGCCAAAUUUUAUUUUUAAUAUCUUUCUAAUUACACUUAAAACCAGAGGUAAAAUUUUAGUAAUAUAUUCUUGUUUCAGGUCAUUAUUUUUAAUAAUAUCUCUUAACUUCUCAAUCAAAUCUUUCUUUUGCCCAUUUGAGUUAUUAAAGAAAUUUAGUGAAGUAUAACUACAAAAAUAAGUAGCCUAAAGAUUAAACUCAAUAAAUUGGGUCAUCUGGAAAGUUCUGCCGUUUCUCAAAUCGAAGUUUUGCUUCCUUCUCAUUAUUUUAUUACUGUUAAUAAGGAGUGAACUUGAUUGAAGGAAAUGUUUAAGCGAUGUUUAUUCUUUUCUGCUCACGUUGCGUAAUUCUAGCUUAUAUUGUAGCAUAAUUUUUAUGAAGAGCCCAGAAGUUCAUUUUCGUCUUAUUUUGCUUUUUCAUGUAAAAGAAAAGAAACAAAAUAUGAAUCAGAUUGCUCCUAUAAUUUGUGCUGUAUAUGGGAAAAGUGCUGUUUCUGAUGAUGAUUCUGAGUUCAGAGGCAAUUUGAGAAGCCGGGAAAUUUCAACAUCGAAGAUGAUGCCCGUUCUGGACGACCAUCAUUGUAAACAAGGACCUAUUCAAAGAAGUUAUCGCUGAAAAUCCAAGUUAUAGUUCAACAACCAUCCGACAGACCAAAUUCAAAAAAGAUCAGUACAGGAUCAUCUGAAGAAGCUGCUACGAUGCAUGGGUUUUUCCAUACUUGAAUAGAGCAGAAUAUGCUUGCUCGAGUUUUCGCAUGUUAUUCUUUGUUAAAGAACACCAAAGAAGUUCCUUUUCUCAAACGGCUGAUUGCAGGCGUUGAGGAAUGGAUACUAUAUAAUAAUUAGAGAAAGAUAUAGUGUAAGCCAAACGAAACUCCUUUAGUAUCAUCAAGAUGACGGCUUUUGUAUAAUCAAACUACAGAGGAAUUGUAUAUAUGAAUUGUUAUCUCCAAAUCGGACUAUAAAUUCCCAAAACCGCUGAUCCUAGACAGCAGUUUUAAAAGCAGAAAUUGAAGGGCCCAGAACUGCCUAGUUGUUGAGGUGCCGUCAUGUGAAUGCUUGACUUCACAUUUCGAUGGAUGUCAGAUUAAGACAUAUUGAGCAUGGCUUACAUGUUUUAUAUCACCCUCGUUAUAUUCAUUAGAACUUUUCCCUUGGAUUUUAAUCUCAUCCAAUCACUUCAAAAUUCUUUGGAUGGCUUUGAGUUCAUUUCUUUUGAGACUGCCAGACAGCAUCUCAAUAGUCUUCUUAAGCAUAAAUUUAAUGACACUUUCCCAGCUGCUGGAGGAAUGGAAAAGUGUCAUAGAGCAAAAUGCUGCUUAUGAUAUUGUAGUCUUGUUCUUUUCGGGAUCAUUCAGCGGUGAACCCCAUUGAAAAGAUUACGUAGCGAAUUCUUGCUAAGUCUUGGAAGAACAGAUACUGCAGAAGAAGGUUAAAAACCUUUUUAUUUGAACUUAACAGAGCGCACUCGCUUGGUGCUCACAACUUACCACCACUUGUGGUUAAGUAACUCUAACAAAAAAAUAAAAAUGUAAAAUCACAAUAAAGUAAGAUGGCCUACAUGGCUGGCUCCUUAAUUAUUUAACGCGUUAAAUCGGCUACAGACAGCAAAGCCGAACCUACAAUAUCAAUAAUAUCUAAAGAGGAUGACUAACACCAACUAUUCACAUACAAAGCUACUUCAAACACGAGGCAUAAACUCGGAACUAACUCCACUACUACUGCACACGAACUCUUAAAACCGCUGCUUAAAUACUGAUUCCGAACUCACUUAGAUUUGCAUACUACGUCAUUAAAAUUUACAUUCUGGCAGGAAACUGAAAUCAAAAGAGAAGAAGUUUCACAAGCAAAAAAUAAUUGGUUAGAAUAAAAUAAGGUCUUUACAAAAUAUUUUUACGUUUUUGUACUUCUUCCUUUAUAUUUAUCAUCAGAACACCAUAGAACUUUCCACAUGACCCAAUAGAAAAUUGAAAGGAAUAGAAGAAAAUUGAAUUGAAUCAAUAAAAUUUAUUAAAUCUAAAUGUUAAAUUUAUUAUACCAGUGAAAUAAUAAAAUAGUGUUAAUUGUUCAAAUAAAGUCAGCCUCUCUUACAGGAAAAGUGCGCAGAAUUUAUUUAAUGCAAGCGAUUGAAAGUAUUUUGUCAUUUCUAUUAUUUAUAUUAGAAAUCGCACAUUUAAUCUGUUUAAAAAUUGUUUGCUGAAACAAAAUGUUAAUGAGAAAACUUUGCUUAAAUUAUUCAGUAGACUUUAAAAAUUGUUUGCUGAAACAAAAUGCUAAUGAGAAAACUUCGGUUAAAUUAUUCGGUCGACAAAAAGAAAACAAUCCAUAAUACUUCGUAUAAAAGGGUAAAUAACAAAAUAUUACUCUGAAUUGUAUAUUCCCUACUUUAUUUUAUUGCGAAUUAUUAACAUAAAAUUCUAAUUGUGAGCCCCUACUAAUCUUUAAUCUCUACUACCUUCUAAUAUUUUAAAGUUUCAAUAAUUUAAUAGCUAAUGUUUUAAUUUUGUUUUGUUCUGAGCGAAUAAAAUCGUUAAAGUAACAGAGUUUGAAUUAAUUUUUAACUCGCAAAAUCUUUUUGAAUUUCUUAAAUGUGCAAGAUGUCAGAGUUAAAUUAUACAAUAAACUCACCUUUGAUUUUAUAUUCAAAGGUGAGUCAAAUAGGUUUCUGAUAAAUAACAUCAAAAAAUGAGAAAAACUUUAUUUAACAAAGCAAAACCAAACACAUAUUUCUGUCAAAAUUAUAUUUAAUUAUCAAACUAACUAAAUUCUUUUUAAUGUUCAGUCAUUUUAUAACAUCUCAAACUUUUCUCCUCACAACUGCAAAGAAAUGCCUUAGUUUAAAUUGACGACGACAAAAGAAACUAUAAAUCUGGCUCCUGGGCAUUUUUUGAAAGAAAAUAAAUGAUGUGAUAAAAUGAAACCAUUUUACUACAUACAAUUUGCGUAAAAGUGCUUCUUGCAACUCUACAGCCCAAAUGUUUUAAAACUCGUUUUAUGCGCGAGCAUGUCACAGAAUGUGUAAGAUUUGUUAAUGCCAAACGUAUAUUGUUGAAAUCUAUUUUAAAGUGAAAGAAAUGUGUAGAUUUUCGACAGAAAUGUUGUAGAAAAUCUUUUAUUUUCAAUAAAUUUAGUUUGAUACUCAAA